UGAACCCGCGUAGACUUACGGCAUUAAUCGGACUAUAAAAACAAAUCUUUGAUCGCAUCGGAGAAUCAGUAUUAACCUAACAUAAUGAUUGCAUCGACAAUAGUAAUCGCUUCCCUGGUAGCCCUAUCCGCCGCAUUUCCAUCGGCGGACCUAACCCGGGUCGUCAAUGGACAAACUGCUGCCGCGGGUCAGUUUCCGUACCAAGCAUUGCUCAAAAUUCAGCUUCCGCAGGGUCGUGCUCUGUGUGGUGGGAGCUUAGUGAACGCCCAGUGGGUUCUGACGGCCGGUCACUGUACACAGGGAGCGUCAUCGUUUGAGGUAACCCUGGGAGCAGUCGAUCUGGAAAGUGAAUCGGACGAUGGCCGCGUAGUUCUGACCACCACUGAGUACUACCGUCACGAGAAAUACAAUCCUCUGUUUGCGUCGAACGAUGUGGCUGUGGUAAAACUGCCGGAACCGGUACAGUUCAACGAGCGAAUUCAGCCUAUCCAACUGCCAACCGGAAGUGAUACCUACGCAGAUCGUAAGGUUGUUGUCAGCGGUUGGGGACUGCAGAAAACCGGAGGAAGUGUCGCGCUGAAGCUGCAAUAUGCACCGUUGACGGUUAUCACCAACAGCAAGUGCACGAAAACCUACAAUCCGCUGGUGAUCAAGAAAACGACCAUCUGUGCCCUAGGGGGUGAGAAGCAGUCCCCUUGCAAUGGAGAUUCAGGUGGUCCGCUGGUGCUGGAGGGAACUAAUGUGCAGGUUGGUGUGGUCAGCUUUGGCCAUGCGAGCGGAUGUGACCGUGGUUUGCCGGGUGCGUUUGCUCGGCUGACUUCUUUCGCUGAUUGGAUUAAGAAGAAGACCGGAUUGUGAGUGCUCGAGACGCCAGUGGUUCGAAGUUAGAGAUGAAUUGUGUGUCCCAGUAUAAUAAAGCAAUUAGUUAUGCAAUUUGAACCUUCCGCGGUUUUUGCUUUUAUUUAAUACUAGCUGAGUGUGCCCGGCCUUGCUCGGCAUUCAAUAUUAGCUUGAGU